UACUUUAACUGUAACGAGUGGUCGGAAAUCACGGAGCUCGACCUUUAUUGGUUUUGACCUCUCUGCUCUUGCGGCGAGAUGUCGAAUCUGCUGCCCACUCUUUCCAUCAACGCGCCGCCGUUCGUCGGACCAUCCCCUACGUCUCCGGCUGCGGCAGUAGCCGCGCAGUCCACCAAGGAUCAGAAGAUGGCCUCGGCGGAGCAACUCGUGCUCGAUCUUUGCGACCCGGAGCUCAGGGAGAGCGCCCUCCUGGAUCUCUCCAAGAAAAGGGAGAUAUUUCAGGAUUUAGCUCCUUUAUUAUGGAACUCUUUUGGUACUAUUGCAGCCCUCCUCCAGGAAAUUGUAUCAAUAUAUCCAGCGCUUUCACCACCAACAUUGACUCCUGGAGCAUCAAAUAGGGUUUGUAACGCACUUGCUCUUCUUCAGUGUGUGGCUUCACAUUCAGAAACAAGGAUUCUUUUCCUUAAUGCUCAUAUACCUUUGUAUUUGUAUCCUUUCUUAAAUACAACCAGCAAAACCAGGCCAUUUGAGUAUCUAAGGCUUACUAGCUUGGGAGUAAUCGGUGCCCUUGUAAAGGUUGAUGAUCCUGAGGUUAUCAGCUUUCUUCUUCAAACAGAAAUAAUCCCUCUGUGCUUGCGGACUAUGGAGAUGGGUAGCGAACUUUCAAAAACAGUUGCAACUUUUAUUGUUCAAAAAAUUCUUCUGGAUGAUGUUGGGCUGCGGUAUAUCUGUGCUACAGCUGAGAGGUUUUUUGCCGUUGGAACAGUGCUGGCAAACAUGGUUGUAUUACUUGCUGAACAACCAUCUACUAGGCUGCUCAAGCAUAUAAUUCGUUGUUACCUAAGGCUUUCAGAAAAUCCAAGAGCAUGUGAAGCUUUGCAGAAUUGCAUUCCAGAAAUGCUGAAGGAUGGAACUUUCAACAAUUGUCUUAGAGAUGACGUGGCAACCCGGCGUUGGCUUCAGCAGCUGCUGCAUAAUAUUUCAGGUGGAAGCUUGGUUUCUACCCUUCAACCUACAGGCUUUGAGCAUAUGUUGGGAAGCUGACACUAUCGUUCUGUAAUUUUUUUAUUUUUUCAAGCUCAAAGUGGGAAGCAGAUUUCUUGUUGUUGUUGUAGCCAGUUAGAUUCUAUCAGGAACUUGUUUGUUCUCUAGAGCAUGCUGUGUAUACCUUGAGGCUCGUGUGGUGAUUAGGAUACUAGCAUUUGUAAAAGACUUGCAAUCUGUGUUAGAUUCAGCGAAGGAAAAAAUACUGUAAAAUGUAGUUAUAGAUUAUGUUGGAAUUGGGGAUCUUUGUGCCUUCUGAUUGUAAGAUUGCACUGCAGAAUAUUUAUGACUAAUUUAUCCAAGUUUUUAUAACUUUGAACU